AUGUACAUCCAGACAUUCAAGAACACCACCGGCGGCCAGUUCUCCAUGUUACCGCUGAUCCAGAACCCAACACAACUUACGCACCUCUACCUGGCGGCUCUGCAUAUCAAUGAUGACCCCAACAACAUCAAUUUGAACGACGACAAUCCGAACAGCACCGUCUGGAAUACGAUGUGGAACGAAGCAGCUCAGGUGCAAGCCCAGGGCGUCAAGGUCAUGUUCAUGAUGGGUGGAGCUGCCGCUGGAUCCUAUCCUAGACUCUGCGGAGGCUCCAAAGGGACGGCUGUGGUGAGUAGAUAUGUAAACCUGCCAGCAAUGAAGUCAUGCAACUAAACUUUCUGGCCUUAGAACAUGACAUACUACAUGCCUCUCUACUACACGAUCAAAUAUCACAACAUCGACGGCCUCAACCUCGACAUCGAAGAACAAGUGGUAUAUCAGUGUCCUCUUGCACUACUGCAACAGUUGAACAAAGACUUUGGUCCGCUUCCCUCUCGAAAUCGUUUCCCUCUGAGUAUCCAGCUAACCAGUUUUGUAAACCAGGCCCGAAUUUCAUUCUCACCAUGUCCCCCGUCGCCUCCGAACUCCAGCCCUCUGGCUCCGGCCUCGGCGGCUUCUCCUACAAAACCCUCGACUCCAAAGCCACAGCCUCCAGCAAACCCGCCGGAAAGCUGAUCAACUGGUUCAAUGCCCAAUUCUACAACGGCUGGGGCGACGCUUCUUCGACCAGCGGCUACACCUCCAUCAUCAAAAACGGCUAUGCCGCCAACCGCGUAGCGAUGGGCAUCCUCGAUUCUCCCAACGACGGCGGAAGCGGUUUCUACCCUAUCGCCACUUACCAGAAGACGAUCAAGAGUUUGCGAUCGACGUAUGGAACGAGCUUCGGAGACGUGGUCGGUUGGGAAUACUGGGAUGCGGGGAUCAAGGACAAUGAUACGUAUCCUUAUCAGUGGACGCAGACCAUUGGAACGGCCUCGUUCAACAAGAGAGACGUGGAAGACGAAGAAGAGGACGCGGAGUUGGUGGAAAGGCAAAUUCCUUCCCUGACGCCAGCUGGAGAUCCGACGUCGUAUGGACCUAGUCCAUGGCCAGCUUUGGCGAGCAAGUUGGUUGGUGCUGGCGUUCUGCAGAUUGCAGCUGUGAGAGCGCUGAAUAUCAGCAAUGGCGACUUGCACGGGGCAUUGGGUGUUCUUGGACUGCCCACCAACUUGUUGGGGGGCUAG